GUGGACCUUGAAACAGGCUUGAAACGCGUGAUGAAUCUGGAAUUCGGGACGAUAGUUAUAUUAAGUAUAAAGCCAGUAUAAAGCCUUAUAGAAGUAUUGCGACUCUCAAGAAGAUGCGAUCUUUCGGAUACGUAUACUGUACAGGUGUUUUAUUCUCAGCAGAAACCUUUUACCUUCAACACAUACUGAAUCCUCAGGGAACUGUGAUGACAGAAUAAGAUGACAGAAUCUGAAUGAUAACAUGAAGCGCCUAGUGCAAUUUGAAUCCAACUGCGCAUGCCCAUGCAUUCACGAGAAGAACUUGACUUUUUGUCCGUUUCACUUGUCAUCAUACCGCCAGUCAUUAGUUACUAUGUUCUUUCAGUCCUUAUCUGUCUCCCUGGCACAAGAACCUGGCGAAAUGGACUCAUGCCGAUCGUUCUCUUCCUUGCCUAUCGAGCGGCCACAACUGUGGACCUGAGCUUUGCCAACGAGAGAAUGGUUUACUUGAACAAAGGACUAGUGCUAGCAAUGUCCAUUUUGAGUUUUCGCUCAAUAGUUUGGGCUCAAUCGAAAAAACCAUAUAAACGGCUUCAACGCGUCAAACACGGUUCAGAAGGCACACCAUCAGAAUCACGGCCAGCUUCUAAUGACUGGAGACAGUUGCAACUAGAUGCGUCCGACUUGGCUUUUGGACUUCGUGGUAUCGGGUGGAAUUGGUCCCAAGGCUUGCACAUUCCUCCAGAGAAGCGUUCUACGUCUUCAGACAGGUCCUUUGCCUUCUGGACACUAGCUUCACUUGUUACUCACAUCCCUGUCUUUGACUUACUGCAUUAUUCCGUGCAGAGGUUUGGCCCCGGUACCUUUGCUACGACCUCAGGUGGUUCGAUAUUCGACGAAAGUGUCCCACCUUUGAUUCGUUAUUCUCGAUCGACGUUCUUAUCUUUGUUAUCUGGUCUGGUCGUAUAUUGUGCGAUUGAGAUUGCCUAUGACUUUUGCACCCUAAUUGGAAUCGUUGUCCUUAGACAGUCUCCCACUCAGUGGCCACCAAUCUUCGACGAACCUUGGAGAGCCGAUUCUCUUUCAGACUUCUGGGCAAAGCGUUGGCACCAACUGUUCCGCCACUUCUUUAUUGGAUUAGGUUGGAUUCCUUUGUAUCAUGUCUUUGGUCGAAUUGGCGGUGUCUUUGGCGCGUUCCUUGUUUCGGGAAUCCUACAUUAUGUGGGUCUUUGGGGACUGGGAAGUGGCUCUGAUGUAUUGGGCAUGAUAGGUUUUUUUAUGCUGAUGGGUGUUGGAGUCAUACUCGAAGGCUUUUGGAAAAGUUUCACGGGGUAUAAGGUUAAGGGCUGGCUGGGAAGAAUCUGGACGACCGUCUGGCUACUUGGAUGGUCCAAUCUUCUUGUAGAUGCUUGGGCUAGAAAGGGAUUGAUGGGCUCUCUGUUCAUUCCCGACUCUCGUCGUCUACCUGUGCAGCUCUUCGGUGUAAUUCCGACGCAAUGAGCAGGAAAAUAUAUGGCGAUGCUCCAAGUAGAUCGUGCCUUCGCGUCACACGAACAACUAUAUGU